AACUCUCUGACUUACAAGACCUCUUCAGCUGAAGCGCCUGCGGAGGAAGAUCCUUCGAACGACGUCGUUUUCUGUUUUGGUUUUGCGUUUGGCUUCAUCCUUUCUUCUCCACUCCAACCUCACCGCAGGCUGGGUGUUCUGCUUUUUGUGCCCUAGUAAAAAUGCUUCCUCUCUCCCUAUUGAAAACUGCGCAAGGGCAUCCUAUGUUGGUGGAGCUUAAAAAUGGAGAAACUUACAAUGGGCAUUUGGUUAACUGUGAUACUUGGAUGAACAUUCAUCUUCGGGAAGUUAUCUGUACCUCAAAAGAUGGAGAUAGGUUUUGGAGAAUGCCUGAGUGCUACAUCCGUGGGAAUACAAUUAAAUAUCUUCGAGUUCCUGAUGAGGUAAUUGAUAAAGUUCAAGAAGAAACCAAGAACCGAGCAGAUAGGAAGCCACCUGGGGUAGGGCGUGGAAGAGGCAGAGGCAGAGAGGACGGUUCUAGUGGGAGGCCAGCGAAGGGCAUUGGGCGUGGCCUAGAUGAUGGAGGUGCUAGAGGCAUGGGUGGAGGCCGAGGUAGAGGUGGGCCUGGUGGAAAGACAGGUGGAAGUAGAGGUGGAGGACGAGGACGAGGUUGAUACAAGUUUCUGAUAAACUGAGUGAGGCAAGUUUGCCACUUUUAAAGGCAUUUUGCUCCCAAUUUAUGUCUGAAGUGAGGGUGGUGUAUGGAAAUUUCGAUUUUCAAUGUUUUUUAAUGUGUUAGAAUGAGCACAGCUGAAAUGGGGACGUGUUGAGGUUUAUUCCUGAUUUAAUGUUAGUGGUAUUUUAGAAGACAGAAACGCUUUCUUUGUAAUCUCUGUUUUUUCUGCCGUUGGUCUUACAAGGUUUUCUGGGUUUUGAAACAAAUGCAAUUAACCUAUUACUAUCA